AUGACCUCGACCGAAGACGACAGUGCCGUAUCAGACUCAGAGGAGUGCGAAACGACCAUAGAGCUUUCGCGACCUGUGCCCGCGCCAGAUCCGGUGAAACAGCAGCAGUUCCAGCAAAAGGUGGCAUCCACGCCCCUGGGCUCGACGUCCGAUGGCCUGCUGGCCUUGCUACGUGACCACCCGGAGCUCGUGUCGACGAAGCUCGCCGCGGCUGCCGAGCGCAAUCUGCCAGACGAGACAGUGACUGCACCGCGCGUUGGAUCUUCAACGUCUAGCUACGCACAAGCCCUGCAUGAAGGCGGUAAUGUCACGAGCACCCUGUUUCCGAACCAAGACAUGGUCCUGUCGCCCAGCCUUGCGCCAACGACGAGCAUGAGUCGCGGCAGCUCGCAGUACUCGCUGCCUGACAUGGCGAUGGCAACGCUGAGCUCAGUGAGCGAUCCAACCAUCCACACAUCGGUCUUGAAACAGUCGUCCAAGAAAAAGAUCUCGCGAUCCAUGUCGAUAUCCCGCAAUCUGGGCGAGCAGAGCCACAAACCGGAUCACAGCGAAAAGAUCGUCGUGGCCAUGGUCGGCCUUCCAGCACGUGGCAAGAGCUACCUGAGCAACAAGCUCAUGCGGUAUCUCCGCUGGCGCGAGUACCAGGUGCGUGUCUUUAACGUCGGGCAGCUGCGUCGGGCGCGUGCGUUCGAGCACACGGCAUCGUUCUUCAAUUCUGCGAAUGUGGAAGCCGUCAAGUCGCGCGAUGCACUCGCACACGAGUGCCUGAAUCAGCUUAUUUCAUGGCUGAAACAAGGAGGCAAUGUCGGCAUCCUCGACGCGACGAACACGACCAAGGCUCGGCGCAAGCAGAUCGCCGACCGCGUCGCGAAAGAAUCGGGGAUGCGUCUCGUGUUCCUCGAAUCUAUCUGCACAGACCCCAAGGUCGUCGAAAAGAAUGUCGAGAUCAAGGUGCGCGGCACCGAUCCCGACUAUGCCAAGGCGACGCGAGAGCAGGCCAAGGACGACUUUUUGCGCCGCAUUCAGUACUAUGAGGCAGUGUAUGAGCCGCUCGAUGCAGAUGGCACAGAAAGACCCUACACGUACUGCAAGAUUGUGGAUGUGGGACGCAGUGCGACCAUGAAUCAGAUCGCCAGUUACCUCGAGUCGCAGAUCGCCUUUUACCUGCUCAACCUUCACAUUGCGCCACGUAACAUUUUCAUGUCGCGGCACGGUGAAUCGCAGUACAAUGUCGAGGGCAAGAUCGGUGGUGACGCGGACCUCUCGGAGCAUGGCUGGGCGUAUGCGCGUGCGCUGCCGCAGCUUAUCCGGGACCAUAUCGGCGAUGAGCCGCUGACUGUGUGGCACAGCUCGCUGCGCCGUACCGCCCAGACAGCGAGCUUCCUCAAGUACCCCAAACUCGUAUGGAAGUCACUCGAUGAGCUCGACGCCGGAGUGUGCGAUAGCAUGACGUACAAGGAGAUUGCCGAGUUUUACCCCGAAGACUAUGCGAGUCGCGACGAAGACAAGUUCAAUUACCGCUACCGUGGCGGCGAGAGCUACCGUGAUCUGGUGGAGCGACUCGAGCCGGUGAUCAUGGAGCUUGAGCGGCAGGAUAAUAUCCUUAUCAUUGGGCACCAGGCGGUUCUACGUGCGCUCUAUGCGUACUUUAUGGGCUACGAUCAGCAUGAUCUGCCGUACAUCAAAGUGCCGUUGCACACCGUCAUCCAACUCACACCCAAGGCGUACGGAUGCGACGAAAAACGGUAUGCACUCCCAAUCGAAGCUGUUGAUACCCAUCGAGAGCGCCCGGCACACUCCCUCUCGAAUUCGAUCAGCGACCUACGCACCGAGGAAAACAAGGAUCCCUCCUUCACGGCUGCCACGAGUCCACCGCCCUCACAGCAGCGCCCCUAG